AUGUUGAGUUGGAUAACCUCACUGGCAACCUCAUCACCUGAUUCAUCUGCCUUGCACAACCACCACCGUCCUGUGUUCAACCCCUAUCUGGUGCAAAUAUCUCUCAUCAUGCACAUCAAGUCCGUAACAGCAAUCUGCUGUCUGGCCAGCUAUGCCCUUGGGAUGCCCAUGGAAUCAAAGGAACUGGCGGCAGGAUCUAAGCUUGGCUCUGAAUCAAAGGGAGCAAAGACAAACAAGCCCCCAGACGCUGAAAGGUGUCAUAAUUGUGGUUGUGUGCUCACUGAAGAGGACACUGCACCCCCUCCUAAAGAGAAAAUCAAAGGCUCAAAAUCCACCAAAUCUAAACCCAAAAAAUAAAUAAUAAAAAAUGGGAUAAACUCCUGAUUGUCA